GUUUCGAACGAACUUCAUCACCACCCCGCAGCCCCCUUUCUCCCUCGUCCCCCCCCGCCCACAUCGUCUGAUCUCCUACCCACGUUUUCCUGCAUCGGUUAACAGCAGUUUUUCAAGCCUUCGGUCUUCGUGUUCGAUUGGAGGAGCGGAUGACAAGCACAGCCGUCGACAUGCAGGUGGACGAGGGCACCGCCCGGCACACCCCCAUCGAGGUGGACUCGCCGUCGCCGCCACCUGUUCAGCUACCUCCAAAGUCCUCAAAUCCGUCCCCCGUUCCCGAGACAAACGUACUACAGACGAGGAGGAAGGCGAAAGUGCCAUCGUCGGUGACCGCAUCAGCAGCGGAUCCCGCGUCCGCCGGCGCUAACAAACCUUUGACCACAACUACAUUAUCGACGAAACCCAAGUCAGGCAAACCAGCGUCGACAGCACCGAUAAAUGGACAUAAGCCGAAUUCAGCGUCUCCGUCGCCGCCGCCCCCGCCGCGCCCGGCGCUGCAGACUGUUCGUUUGGAAAUCAAGCUCGGCGGUCCGGAAGAUUAUGAGGUCGAUAUUGCCCAGUUAAGCAAGGAAACUGGCCAGAGGCCGCCGACACCACCUCGCGCGGGCAGCCCACAUCCAGAUGAGAGCUCGGAAAGUGAAGUUGAGCCGUCAAAAGAUGAUGCAAAGCCGAAGAAGAAGCGGAAGAGAAAGAAUGCUGCGCAAGAGUAUUACGACGUCACAGAUCCGUUCAUCGACGACUCCGAGCUCGCAGUCGACGAGCGAACGUUCUUCGCACAGACGAAGCAGCAGGGCUUCUACGUAUCGAGCGGACAGGUUGCUUUGCUCACAGACAAACCUGCACCGAAGAAGAGCAAGGGCCGAGCUAGCAAGAAGCUCAACAUCCUUCCACCUGCCGCCUCUAUUACCGCCGCGCUCUCGAGCGCGCAGCUCCCGUCGCUCGCGCCGUUGUCCACUUCAAGUUCGAAGCUGAACGCAGGCGACAAGCCGCCCGUCCCCAAAGCUGUUGUCCCCACAAUUGACACUGGCAGCCUAUCUGCUCCCAGUUCCGCAAGAGUGCCUAAGUCCGAGCCAUCCGAGGGCUUCCUCACCGGCACGAAGGAUUCCCCAAUACGGCUCGACGCAGAUGAUGUUCCCCAACCGGCAAGCCCUCACACCGAGAAGAGGAAGGUUUCCGAAUCGAUGCACGAUGAAGGAUUCCCGAUCAGCCUCAGUGUCGGAGCGGACAUCGACACGAAGAAGCGGAAGAGAGCUGUACCUAUUCGACCGUUUCACCCUGAUCUUGAACCUGCUCUUGACGAGCUCAAGGCUGCGAUCGCCCAAGAGGAUUGGUCUGUAAAGGGCAAGUUCCCUCCAGGUCUUAAGCCGUUACUCGCACAAGUGGCACUGAAAGCCAUCGUUCUCGGCGACUACGACGAGAACUUCUUCAACCUCAUGCCCAAGAUCUUUCCGUACAACCGCUUCACGAUGACGAAACUUAUCAAGCGCACGGUAUGGCGAGAUCAUACCAACCUGCUCGUCGAGCGCCAGAAUGUAUUACUAGAAGAUCUCAAGAAGCUUGCAGAGGAAGGGUUCCCUAAGGCGGCAGACGAGUGGGAGCGUUCUGUACUGAUGUGGGAACGACGGCAAAAUGUUCGCACGGACGGUCAGGACGGUCAAGGGCAUCCCCAGCCGCACUCGUCCGAGGGCACACCCAUCCCUUCGUCUACGCAUCCGACGCCUACAUUCACCACCAUGGUGCUGCAACCUGACAAGUCUGCAGACGACUCCGCGGACAUGGACGUUGACGACGCGCACUUGUCCGUCCCGUCCGCGAACGGCAAGACCUCCCAGAAUGCCAAGGAUGUGCAUCCACCGCAGAAGCGCUACAAACUCACAGACACGAUGAAGGGGAUCAUUUGGCAGCUGGUGUGCUUGAGCAACGAGUGCUGUCGCAUCGAGAAUGAGAAAAAUGUGCUUGAAAACAACCAUCAGGUCGUCAGCGACCAAGGUGUGCGCAAGACCCUCUAUCAGAAGAUCGUUGCUUGCUUCCCGGACGGUUGGUUGUCUUCGGGCCAGAUCUCGCGCGAGGUUAGCGUGAUGAAAAAAAAGUACGAGAAGGAGCUCGAGAACGAGAGCGAAACUUGAUUUUGUGGUCCAUCGCGCAUCUUCACGCUGGUCCUUCCCCUCUUCGAGGAUUACUUAUCAUACAGACACGCUUGCUGAUAUUGCUUAUUGCUACUUUAUGUAUUUUCCCCUAGUAGUCACCUCCGGUUUCUUGGGCUUUAUGUAUGUAUGUGAUCUGUGCGCUGUAGUUUCCUUGCGUUGAUGACUGCAUGUACGAGCACCCCAUGGCACUUGCCACGAAAGUCAGAUGGGCUGUGGAAGGGGAUGUCUCCGCAGAUCCAAGCUACGUUAGUAGACGUACGAUCUGCUUCUGGCAGGCUUUCGAUAAGCAUAUAAGGAGCCUGACUAUGAUACAACAUGAAUAGUAUGUGCAUAUU